CGCCUGCCCCGGAGCGGAGGCGUUAGGAGGGGCGGCGCCGGGGCUCGGCCCGCGGGGCCCGGGAGCAGCUGACCAUGGAGCCCCAGGAAAUCACGCCAUGUUCAAAGCCUCAUCCACCUGUCGUGGGCAAAGUGACUCAUCACAGCAUUGAAUUACACUGGGAUCUGGAAAAGGCAGCUAGACGGCAGGGCCCCCAGGAGCAGUGGUUCAGGUUCUCGAUCGAAGAGGAAGACCCCAGAGUGCACAGCUACGGUAUCAUUUAUGCGGGCUACGCAACACAGCACGUUGUGGAAGGUCUGGAACCAAGGACACUGCACAGAUUCCGACUGAAGGUCACCAGCCCCUCUGGAGAAUUUGAGUACAGCCCAGUCGUCUCUGUAUCCACGACCGGGGAGCCCAUAAGCAGCGACUACUUCCACCGAGCCGUCAACAUGAACGACGAAGAUUUGCUCCUUCGGAUAUUUCAAGGAGGCCACGUGAAGGUUGAUGUUCCCAAUAAGUUUGGCUUCACUGCUCUGAUGGUCGCUGCCCAGAAAGGCUACACCAGGCUUGUGAAGAUCUUGGUUUCCAAUGGCACAGACGUGAAUCUGAAGAAUGGGAGUGGCAAGGACAGUCUAAUGCUUGCAUGCUAUGCGGGUCACCUAGACGUUGUGAAAUAUCUCCGAAGACAUGGAGCUUCCUGGGAGGCUAGAGACCUGGGAGGCUGCACAGCUCUGCACUGGGCUGCAGACGGAGGCCACUGCGGUGUGGUUGAGUGGAUGAUAAAGGAUGGCUGUGAGGUGGACGCCGUGGACACUGGUUUAGGAUGGACCCCGCUGAUGAGAGUCUCUGCAGUGUCGGGGAACCAGAGGGUGGCCUCUCUCCUCAUCGAGGCUGGGGCCGACGUGAACAUGAAGGACAAAGAUGGAAAGACCCCGCUCAUGGUGGCCGUGUUGAAUGAUCACGAAGAGUUAGUCCAGCUACUACUUGACCGAGGGGCAGAUGCGAGUGUAAAGAACGAGUUUGGCAAAGGUGUCCUAGAAAUGGCCAGAGUGUUUGACCGACAGAAUGUAGUCUCCUUAUUAGAAGAAAGGAAGAAAAAGCAGCUGCCAAAGAAGUCUUCCAUCCGCUGACGCAGAGUGCCACUCCGUACGAAAUCCAAGGAAAACAAAGCAGAACGCGGCUGUUGAAGUAGACAUGUGAGACGUGGCAUCUCGGAGGGCUCUCGUUUAUUUAUGUAGUUGGAGAUCCACAGUGACUUUUUGUAACCUACGACUGUUCCCACUUUGAAAUACAUCUUUUUAC